CUCAUUGGUUCAGACCAUUGUUUUCCGCUCUUGUCAGCCUAUCAAACCCCUGCUAGUCGCUGCUGAGUCUGUUGAAAAAAAGACGGUAGUCCCUUUCACAGCUGGCAAUCUGUUUCGAAGCCUGCAACGGCGUGACUCACACUUUAUCAUCUUUCAUGCCCUUACCCCUCGAGAACACUGACGGGUUCUUGCUGUCUGGAUCGAUGUUCUGGCCAGUCCUGUGAAGAAACAAAGGACCAAUACCCAUCUGCAGAGGACCUGGAUCCAUCUCAUUCUCGGGUUAUGUCGACAAGCCCCGUGGUCCGCGUCGGCGUUGCUGCCAUUGUGCAGGAUGCUCAGGGGCGAGUUGUGAUAGGAGUGCGGAAGGGUUCACAUGGUGAUGGUCAAUGGCAGCUCCCUGGCGGCCACCUGGAAGUGGGAGAGAGCUACUUUGCUUGUGCUGAGCGGGAAACGCUCGAGGAGACGGGGCUCGUUGUCCACGCUGAGAAAUUCAUCGCUCUGACCAACGACGUCUUCAGCCCAACGAAGCAUUACAUUACAAUCUUUGUGCUAUGUCGGAGAGUUGACGAGACAGAACAACCAAAGGUCUUGGAGCCCGAGAAGUGUGCGUCGUGGGAGUGGAAGUCCUGGGAUGAUAUCAGAGGCGCCAUUGAAGGAGAGAGUGGCCAGAAAAAAGUGUUUCUGCCUAUGGUUAAUUUGCUUGCGGAUCAUCCUCAAAUCGAGGUGCUGCUGAGGUGAAAAUGGAAGGAAGAGUUGGCACCUGCUUGGGCAUAUGGGUUCGUGUUUUGGGAAAAGAAGAAAAAAGGCCGAGACAGCCGGGUUGAAAAGUAGUGAAGCACUUGACGCCGAAGUCACUGAUCUCGGCCGAGACGGCAUCAGCUCC